UAUUUGUGGCAGGGUUAGCAGUUAUCCGGCCAGUUGAGAGUGUGGAGCUCGGUGCUGCGUCUCUGUCUCCCCCUCCUGUCCGCAGCACCAGCCUGCGUUUCCCUCCAUUAUUUUCCACUCAGUUUCUCGCAGUUUAAAAUGGCGGCGUUGAGCAGCGCCGAGUCCCCACCGCCCGUCUUUAACGGAGACACCUCGGAGCGGGAGCCGGGCAGGGAGCGGGGCCUGGAGGAGCUGGGCGCCGGGCUGGACUCCUCCUGCUCGGCGGGGAUCCCCGGAGGUCCGCAGGAUGAGGAGAUCUGGAACAUCAAACAGAUGAUAAAGUUGACACAAGAACACUUAGAGGCUCUGCUGGACAAGUUUGGAGGAGAACACAAUCCUCCUUCCAUAUAUCUAGAGGCCUAUGAGGAGUACACCAGUAAGCUGGACGCCCUGCAGCAGAGGGAGCAGCAGCUGCUGGAGGCCAUGGGCAAUGGUACAGACUUCUCCUGCUCUCCUUCUCCUAUGCCAGCUCUUCUGGAGGUCAAGAUGGGAGGGUGUGGGGUUGGAGGGGGGGCUCAGGCCUUUCCCUCAGCCCCCAACACCUUGGCUGUCCUACAGACACCCACCGAUGCCAGCCGAGCCAACCCUCGCUCCCCCCAGAAGCCCAUCGUCAGGGUCUUCCUGCCCAACAAACAGAGAACAGUGGUCCCAGCCCGCUGUGGGAUGACUGUGAGAGACUCGCUGAAGAAAGCUCUGAUGAUGCGAGGACUCAUCCCAGAGUGCUGUGCAGUCUACAGGAUACAGGACGGAGAGAAGAAGCCUAUCGGUUGGGACACGGACAUCUCCUGGCUGACAGGAGAGGAGUUACAUGUUGAAGUGUUGGAGAACGUGCCGCUCACCACACACAACUUUGUGAGGAAGACCUUCUUCACACUGGCCUUCUGUGACUUCUGCAGAAAGCUGCUGUUCCAGGGUUUCCGCUGUCAGACCUGUGGCUAUAAGUUCCACCAACGCUGCAGCACCGAGGUUCCUCUCAUGUGUGUCAACUACGACCAACUAGACUUGUUGCUAGUGUCCAAGUUCUUUGAGCAUCACCCGUUCACCCAGGAGGAGGUCUCCUCAGAGGGAACCACCCCCGUGUCUGAGGCCUGCCCAUCACUCCCCCCAUCUGACUCCACUGGGUCUAUAUGCCACACUACUGUGUCCCCGUCCAAGUCCAUACCCAUCCCACCCAGUUUCCGGCCCAAUGAGGAGGACCACCGCAACCAGUUUGGCCAGCGGGACCGUUCGUCCUCAGCUCCCAAUGUCCAUAUCAACACCAUCGAGCCUGUCAACAUCGAUGAUCUGAUUCGAGAUCAGAGCUUACCGAGGUCAGAUGGAGCCCCCCCGACCCACCCCGCCCGCUGCUUGAGGAAGCACCGAACACGGACCUCAAGCCCCCUCCUAUACUCCUACCCCAAUGACAUAGUGUUUGAUUUUGAGCCCGAGCCUGUUUUCCGAGGCUCCACCACAGGGCUGUCGGCCACGCCUCCUGCCUCUUUACCUGGCUCUCUGACCAACGUCAAGGUUCCACAGAAGUCGCCAUGCCAACAGAGGGAGCGCAAGUCUUCGUCCUCGUCUGAGGACCGCAAUAAAAUGAAAACCCUGGGGAGAAGGGACUCCAGUGAUGACUGGGAAAUCCCCGAGGGUCAGAUCACUCUGGGUCAGAGGAUAGGCUCUGGAUCCUUUGGAACAGUCUUCAAGGGAAAGUGGCAUGGUGAUGUGGCUGUGAAGAUGUUGAACGUCACUGCUCCCACGCCACAACAGCUUCAGGCCUUCAAGAAUGAAGUGGGAGUCCUCAGGAAAACGCGUCAUGUGAACAUCCUGCUGUUCAUGGGCUACACCACCAAGCCCCAGCUGGCCAUUGUGACCCAGUGGUGUGAAGGUUCCAGUCUGUACCACCACCUGCACAUCAUCGAGACCAAGUUUGAAAUGAUCAAGCUCAUCGACAUCGCCCGGCAGACUGCCCAGGGCAUGGAUUACCUGCAUGCCAAAUCAAUUAUCCACAGAGAUCUGAAGAGCAACAAUAUUUUCCUCCAUGAGGAUCUGACGGUGAAGAUUGGUGACUUUGGUCUGGCCACAGUGAAGUCCCGCUGGAGUGGCUCCCACCAGUUUGAGCAGCUGUCUGGCUCUAUACUGUGGAUGGCUCCAGAGGUGAUCCGGCUGCAGGACAAGAAUCCCUACAGCUUCCAGUCAGACGUCUACGCCUUUGGCAUUGUGCUGUAUGAGCUCAUGUCAGGAGCACUGCCCUACUCCAACAUCAACAACAGAGACCAGAUCAUAUUUAUGGUGGGUCGAGGUUACUUGUCUCCCGACCUCAGCAAGGUGCGCAGCAACUGUCCAAAGGCCAUGAAGAGACUGAUGGCUGACUGCCUGAAGAAGAAGAGAGAGGAGCGACCCCUUUUCCCUCAAAUCUUGGCGUCCAUUGAGCUGCUGGCUCGCUCGUUACCCAAAAUCCACCGCAGCGCCUCAGAGCCUUCGUUAAACCGAGCCGGCUUUCAGACAGAGGACUUCAGCUUGUACGCCUGCGCCUCACCCAAAACCCCCAUCCAGGCUGGCGGCUAUGGGGAGUUUUCAGCAUUUAAGUAAGUGCUGACAAUCCCACUAGUCCAUCCCUCGUCACUUCUCAAAAGUCUUGUGUCCCUGCGGUGGAUUCAUUCAUUACUGAAAAAAACUGAAAAAAAUAGUCUCAAAGAAUGUGCUGUUUUCUUCCUCUGUCAACCUGAAGAAGGCAGCCUCUCUGGAGUCCUUCCAGCAAAAAAGCUGUCCAGCAGGCAAACAGCCACAGCGACAGACAAAACAGAAUUAGGAAAAAAUAAAAAAAUAAAAACAAAAAAAAAGAAACUUGAACAACACAAAAAGGAAAGAAAAGAAAAAAAACAAGACACGAAGAUAUCCAUACCAAAACGGUUUUGAGGAGGAUACGGAAAACUCCACGGAUCGACCUGCCUGCUGGAGGGGAAGAUGAAAGCAAAAAGGAAAGGGGAGACGUCAGGAGAAGUCGAGGUUUUGGGAGAUACUCGUCCCGUCCUUUCCUGCUCGGGUGAGGAGGGAGGCUGGUUUGUCCAGCCGGGCCGCUGAACUGUGCUUUGACCGACGGCAGGACGGGGGCCUGUGGAAGGAGGAGCGGCCUGGAACCGGUCGGUUGAGAUGGAAGGCCAGGUGUUAGCCCGUUCCUGAGAUGAGUCAGAGGUCAUUCAGCAGGAAUUAACCCCGAAGGAAGACGACUUGAAAGAUAGAUCUAUUUUUAUUUUUUCAUUAGUUUCUCAUGUUGCUAGAUUUUAGCUAGGAGUUGCUAGGAAUGCCAAGCUUUUUUUUUGUCCUUUUGUUUCUUUUGAAGAGAUGGUAGCUAUUUUAGAUGAAAGCUUUCCUCCCUGCCACGCAGCACAGGCCUUUGCUUUUUUUUUCUUUUUGGGCUUAAUGCUGACCAAAUUCCACAAAAUACUGUGUCUUGCCUUCUUGUUUGCCUCUAACCAAUUAGAAACGAGUGAUAAAACUGCUCUUGUAUCUAUUGGGAGUUUUUGCUAAAAAGGAUUUCUAAACCUUCAUGUGAAAGUAGAAGAGGUUCCUUCUGUAGAUGUCUGGUCCAACAACAGGAGCUGUUCUUUAAGAGGGAAAAAUGAACAAAUGAAAUGCAUGUUCAUUAGUGAGCUUUAGAGGUGUUGGUAGGCAUGAAAGAUUUUGCUCCUGAGAUGCUUCACCUUUUCAAAGGAUUUCAUGUGGAAGCAGCAGAAGCAGUUCUUUCCGUAGAUUUCCAGUAGAAAAGCCUAGAGCCUGACAUGGUCUGCCGACCACAGGAGCUGUUCUUAGGGAGGAAAAACUCAGAUUUGUUUGCUACACAAGAGUGGUUUCUUUUUGUGUUUGAAGAGCCUGGUCUAAGUGGAGCUGCUGCUCAGGCUUUACACUGAGCUCCAGUGUAAGUCAUGUGUACAGUACUUGUUGCUUUUCUAAGCUUCCAAGUUGUUACACAGCAUCAUUGCAACUAAGUUUUUCCUUUGCUUCUCACAUUUUUCCAAAAAAAAAACCUAACCUCAGAUUUUUUUGUGACACCAAGUGCAUGUUGUCAUAUUCCUUUUUGGUUUUUUUUGAUAAUGUGGCUUUAAUAUUGCACUCAGCUUAAAAUGGGGACCUUACUUGUUGCAGCUGCUGACUAAUGUGCUGCAGCGUUACCUGCUGAAAGGACCGGUGAUCCUCUGGAGAGUUCUGUUAGUCUUGGGAAAAGUCCGAAAAUGUUCUUUCAAUCUCACCUUUUACUUUCUCUACACAUGCACCUGUACUUUUUCAUUCCAGCGUGUGUUAAGGAUUGUAGGUGUUAUUACAGGUUCAUUUUAUUUUGUUAUCGUCGUCAUUUGCCUUUUUCUGUACAGGCAGGCCUGCAGAUAUUUACUUAUUUAUGUGAAUUUUUUUUUGUUUUGUUUUCUGGAUUUAUUUUAAGAACCGCUUUAUUUGAAGCUACCAGUCUUUCUUUUGACGCUUGUUUAGUCGUUGUGACUCGUGUACUUGCACUUUGUAGAGAUGGAUUGAAGCAAAUGAGCGACUUGCCUUUUCCUUUUCUUUUUAAUUGAAGAAUACAUUGUGACAUACGGAGCUGAUGACCCAAAAUUUCAAUUUCCAGUGCACGAGUCAUCUGCAGGGGCUGAACUGUGAAUACUGUGCUGGGAAGGCUCGAUUGUCAGCUAAGGACCCUCCAGCAGCCGCGUAUGUAACCAUACCUACAGUGAUGGGAGCUGAGCAAAUGAGACUGCUGGCUUGAUAAAUGGAUGUUGUGGAGGUGGAGCACACAGUUGAAUCGUUGACAUUCGUUGAGGAUCAUGUACGUCUUUCUGUCAUGAACUAACCCUCAGGCAUCUCCUCACAUAGCAACGUUAUUACACGUUUUGUCGCCAACCUUUAUGGAACAGUCCAAUGUGUUAGGAAGUACACCAGUUUUUCCUCUUACCCACAAUCAGGUGAGAAGAUAAACAUCAGUGACAUAUUUGUGUGUCCAGGACUGAGAUCGUGUUGCAACAUAUUUAGCCUAGCUUUGCACAAAGACUGGAAGCAGGGGGAAACUGCUAGCUCUGAGCAAGGACAGUCUAUUACUUUCCACGGAUCCUGGAUCACCAUCUCCUGUAAUUUAGACAUUUUUUGUCACUGAGCAGCUCAUAUAAUGUGUUAUAAGAAGCAUGUCGAAAAUGCAAACUGGUAGAAAAUCUUAAGUGAGAAAAACCAGGUCAGGCUGGUGCAAAGUGACAAACAUGACAAGGUCACCACCUCAGCUACUGUCAUCAGUAAUCAACAUCUUAAAUACCGGUGAUUUUAUAUCAUUUUGAAGUUACACAGUAUGUAGGUUUAUGUGUAUAUUUAUGUGUGUAAACAGUAACAAUGCUGCCGUAUUGAUGCCUUUAGAUGAUGUUAUUUUGAGUGUCGAUGGAGCAGCUACAAUGUUAGCAUAGCUCUGAUCGAUCUGAACUCCAUUCCUGUUGUUUUUCCCAAUUUAUAAGUGGCUAAAAAGAAUACAGUGAGUUUGUAUUUCCAACAUUCUUCUCAUAACAGAUUUUAUGAGCUGCUCCUUGACUGAAUAUACCCAAGUAAUGGGAGAUAGUGAUCUCCUGUAAUCCUGCUCCAUCAAGUGAAAAAGAAGUAUCUCUGGACUGGAUGCACAAAGAUGACAUUGAUAUUAAUCUCACAUUACUCAGGGUAAGACAUCAGACAAGAGCGUUUUCUAAUUCAUCACGUGAUAAAUGAUGAAUUAUAACCAAACCAAAAUCUGUGUGAAGCGUGAUAUCUACUGGUGGACGCAAGGUACUUAAUGUCCAUCUGCUAUUGGUCCAGUCCCAGGUGAUGUCACUCUGUAGAGUGCGUGUUCACUUCAUUUGACCUGGCAGCAAUGGUGGGGCAAAGCCUUUGAAGGUUAAUUCCAGAUUUAUUACACCAUUCAUGUCCGUGAUAACAGCAUUGCACCCACCAAGUUAAUACCUAGGAUUUGGGAAGGCAGUAAGGCUGUCACUUUUUUAUUUGAAGGUUGAACUAGUGUCCCAACAUGGAGAAAAAAAUAAAUCUGAUAUAAUCUGUUUGAAUUUAAAAUUGACAGUGUGUAGGCGCAAUAGGCCGUGCCUUGUACUCCACCAGUUCAGAAAAUGUACUGUCCAUCUGGCCAUUGCAUGUCCUGUUGCCCUAAUCAGUAACUAGGCUAUUGUUCUCUUUGCCAAUGCAAAAUGGAGAAAGCUAGCAAGCUGAAUAAUAAUUACACCACAGGAGUAGAACUUAUUUGGAAGGAAAAACAAAGGUAAAUGAUAAAAAUGAUUGCCAAACUGUCAGUUUUAGUAUCCACCAGGUUAUAGAAAAACCCCACCGCACACCACCUGCCCAAACAGCAGACACACAACGUUAGCAAGUAGCAUUUAGCUGCUAAAGAGCCAGAUAUUUUUCUCUUAUAUUUUGUAGAGAACAAACCAGAGCUAAAAGGAGAGUGAAUAGUUGUCAUCUGGAGACAAGAAAUGUGGUUUCAAAUGAAUUGCUAACAUUGCUAUGUGUUCACUGGGUGUGUAAAUAGGUGGUUAGCUAACAAUUGUGCUGUAAUAACUUAUGGUGGAGGUUUUGUUUUCAGCUUGUUGUGGACUUCUGUCCCCAAGUAGGUUAAAAUGGGGAAAAAAAAAAAAGCUGGUGUCACCUGACACUAAAGACCAGCUAAUAGCAGCCAUUCCAGUAUGCGGGUUUCACCAGUAGAUUUUAAAGAAGAGAGCUCCACAGGUUUUGGUUUGCAGUUUGCACUACUCUGUUAUCUGUCCAUUACUUAUACGUGACUCCUCCACAGUAUGCAGGUUAUGGUUAGACUGAUAUACAGAGACAAUGUAGGGCUUUUAUUAAAUAUGACAUAUCGUCCAGUCGUGUAACACCUCUGAUAUGAUGGAGGUUCCUCUCUGUCCACAACUUCACCAAACGUGGGGAAACCUGAGUUAACAUGUUAUUCACUCUCAAGAAGAUGAGAACCACCUCAAGGAUUGUCUGGGUUGUGAAGGAGACUUUUGAGUCACUUGAUGUGAGAGAGAUAAUUGUCGAGAAUUUAUUUGUCGUGAAAUUGUACAUUUUUGAAGAUAAUGAAGAAACUGUGUCAUAAUGUAGGUACCUACAGAUGAGGACUGAGGAUGUGGGAAAGUGUGGAUUCUGGUUGUAGUCACUGAAUUCACAAACGGUGUCGGAAUUCUGAAAUAAUUUUAGACUUAAUGAUAUUCUCAGUUUUUCUUUAUUUUAAGAAUACUGAUUUAAGUCAGAAGAGUUCUUUCAUGAAGUCAGACUUUGUUCAUUCUCAGAAUUCUCUUGAAAUCUCAGAAUUCUGAAUUUAAAGUUAGAAUAAUUGUGUUAUUGUGAUAUUAUUGGGCUUUAUUCUGAAAAUGAAGAGUUGUAUUUUAUAGUCGACAAAGACAUGAAAUGUGAGGAGAGUGAGAAGGAAAUGACAGGCGGGCACUUCUGUUUACACCUAGAAUCUUGAAAUUCAGGAACUAAGAUCAGAAUUUUUCUUUUUUAAAUUCAAAAGUCAAAAGUUAAGACAAAAGUCUGAAAGGUUGGUGUCAUUCUGUCACAGGGUCAACACACACACACACACACACACACACACACACACACACAAAGAUAAAUAGACAGACAAAUGGGCAGUUGCGUUUCCAAUCCACUGAACCUGCAUGUCUUUGGACAGUAAAAGAAUAUGGAAAGAAAGGGCGCACUAAAUCUGACUUUAAUCUCACAAUAAUUCAGAAUUAUUAGAUUAAAGGGUCAGUCCACAUAAAU